UCAUCUCAUCAAUGCAACAAGUCCAAAAAUCAAAACCUUUGGAGAAGAAAAGCAUUUCAGCCUGAGUAACAGAAUACUCCAAUUUAGUAUCCAAAUCUCUAGAAAAAAAAUAUGGAACAUCCAGGAUUAAGCACCACUAUGAGGAGAAUCCUCCUACUGAUUAGUUGCUUAAUACUCGCUGUUGGCAUAUGUGGUGGUCCUCUAAUGAUGCGUCUAUAUUAUGUCGAGGGAGGUUCAAGAAUAUGGCUUAGUAGUUGGUUACAAACGGGUGGAUGGCCACUCACCUUUAUACCUCUUGCCUUCCUAUACUAUUAUCGUCGAAAAAUCGAAGGCUCAAAUGCCAAGUUUUACUUGAUGACACCUCGAAUUUUUAUUGCAGCAUUUGUCAUUGGCAUUGCCACUGGUCUUGAUGAUUUUCUAUAUUCGUGGGGCGGGUCAAAACUCCCCGUAUCAACCUCUUCACUUCUUCUUGCUGCUCAACUUGCCUUCACGGCAGUAGGUGCUUUUUUCAUAGUGAAGUUGAAGUUAUCACCCUUCUCUAUCAAUGCAGUGGUUUUACUAACAGUUGGUGCUGUUUUAUUGGGUAUCCGAUCUAAUGGUGAUCGACCAGAGGGCGUGACAAGUAAAGAAUAUAUUAUUGGUUUUAUGAUGACACUUUUAGCAGCAGCUUUGUAUGGAGUCAUUUUGCCUUGUAUUGAGUUGAUUUACAUGAAGGCAAAACAAGCUAUUACUGCUACGUUGGUGUUAGAGAUUCAAAUGAUCAUGAGUUUUGCUGCUACUGCCUUUUGCACUGUAGGAAUGAUCGCCAAUAAAGACUUUCAGGCAAUGUCAAGGGAGGCAAAACAAUUUAACCUCGGAGAAGCUAGAUAUUAUACAGUGAUAGUAUGCACUGCCGCUAUUUGGGAGUGCUUCUUCGUGGGUAUUAUAGGAGUUAUCUACUGCUCUUCUUCUUUGAUGUCUGGGGUUAUGAUCGCAGUUUUGCUCCCCGUUACAGAGGUAUUAGCUGUAAUUUUCUUUAAGGAAAAGUUUUCAGGUGAAAAGGGUCUUGCUCUUUUCCUUUCUCUUUGGGGUUUUGUCUCAUACUUCUAUGGAGAGUUCAGACAAACAAAGAAGGAGAAGAAUAAAAGCCCAGAAGCUGAGAUGACAACGACGCAUACGGAAUCCGUUUGAUUUACUAUUCAUGGUUAUAAGGAUAAACAGGAAAAGUUUUAUUUUGUGUCUCGUACAACUGACACUAGUUGUAUAGGCCCCUUUUUAUCCCACAAAAUUGUGGACACCAAUCUUACACUGCUGGGUCCACAGAAUUCUGGGUCCACAAAACUGUGAGACAAAAAGUUGUCUCAUACAACUAGCGUAAGUUGAAUGAAACACAAAAUAAAAUUUUCCGGAUAAAUAGUUUUUAGUUUUUGUACAAAAUAAUGUACGUCGUUUUCCUUUCAUUAUGUUUGUGAAAAGGGUCUCUUUCUUUGAAAUUUCUGAUGUUGCCGUUGAAUCCGUAAUACAAUUGAAAUAUUUGCAGUUGCUAGUAAA